AUGAUUCAUCAAUUUUCAUUAUGCAUAUCAACAGAAAACGACCAGCUUCGAUCUGAGCGUUUCGCGUCAGUUUCUGGACAUAGUCCCCCACGUGGUGCAACCCUCGCGGUCUGCAGCGAGUCCCAUGGUCGGGCCCAAAGAGUCAAGGUAAUAUUGCCAUAUCUCCCCAGAAUCACUGAAAUGAAGGCCUCAGCCGUCAUGGUCGCAGCGUUGCUCUCGGCCGUUGGUCAAGCUACGUCUGGUCCGGAUUUCACAACCAACCCGGCAGGAAACCCCUUUGUCGAGGGCUGGUACGCUGACCCGGACAAUGAGUUCUACAAUGGCGAAUACUGGGUAUACCCAACCUACUCGCAUGAGUAUGAUGCGCAGACGUUUCUGGACGCUUUCUCAUCGCCUGACCUCAUCAACUGGACUAAGCACCCCAACGUCCUGAAUACGACCAGCUUCCCGUGGGCGAAGCGAGCUGUCUGGGCCCCCGCUCCCAUCGCGCGCAAUGGCAAAUACUACCUCUACUUUGGCGCCAACGACAUUCAGACAAAUGACGAAUAUGGUGGCAUUGGCGUUGGCGUCGCAGACCGCCCCGAGGGCCCGUAUCUGGACCCCAUUGGCAAGCCGCUCAUCGGCCAGUACUACAACGGCGCUCAGCCCAUUGACCAAGACGUCUUCAUCGACGACGACGGCCAGGCCUACAUCUACUACGGCGGCCACGGCCACGCCAACGUCGCCCGCAUCAACGAGGACAUGGUCAGCGUCGGCACUUUCCCCGACGGCGACCAGUACAAGGAGAUUACGCCUGAAAACUACGUCGAGGGGCCCCAGAUGUUCAAGCGCAAGGGCAAGUACUAUCUCUUCUGGAGCGAGGGCGGCUGGGGCGGCCCCGACUACGCCGUCUCUUACGGCAUCUCCGACAACCCUGUCGGCCCCUUCAAGCGCCUCGACAAGAUCCUCCAGCAGGACCUGGCCGUUGCCACGGGCUCGGGCCACAACGGCGUCAUCACCGUCCCCGGCACCGACAUCCACUACAUCAUCUACCACCGCCACCCGCUCGGCAGCACGGACGGCAACGACCGCCGCCUCGCCUACGACCGCCUCUACUUUCGCGAAGACGGCACCAUCCAGCCCAUUGUCAUGGGCGUCCAGGAUAACUUCAAGGACAGCAACAUGAUUGGUUGGUCUACCUACGGCGGCUCCUGGGACACGGGCUCCCGCAAGCUCAAGACGGUGGUCUCGGACGGCGCCAAGGCCGCCAUCAACACCAACUUCACCGACCAGUACUUUGCCGUGGACGUGGCCAUUCCCAGCCAAAAUGACGGUGAUGCAGGAAUCAUCUUCCGCGCCACGAAUCUGCAAGAAGGCGCUCACGCGUAUCGGGGCUACUAUCUGGGUAUUGGCACCAGCGGCAAGAUUGUCAUUGGCCGUGCCGACAAUGGCUGGACCCCGAUCAAGACCGUCAGCGCGCCGAUCCACACCAACAGGGUGUACAAUGUUGCCGUUCGUGCCGUCGGCAGCCAGUUUGACUGCAAGGUCACGCAUGGUAAGGACAUCAUUGCCAGUUUUACUGUGUCGGAUGACAAGUUCCAGCAUGGCACCAAUGGCGUUCGUGCGUUCCAGACCAAAGCCACGUUUGACAACCUUGAGGUCCGCCAUGCGUAA